AAGUACCACCGCAACGGCUUUAUGGCGGCACGUCUUCCAAACGUUCGGAUGUCCAGAGUUCUUACACUCAGACCAAGGGGCCAAUUUCGAAUCAAAGGUGAUCCGGGAAUUAUGCCAGCUGUAUGGGUGCACGAAGACCCAUACGACGUCAUAUCACCCUCAAGGAAACGGCUGCUGCGAGAGGUUUAAUCAAACCCUGUUGGGGCUCUUAGGGACCUUGGAUCAACGGAAGCAGAGUGAUUGGGUGAGUGCUCUACCGAACCUCUUACAAGCUUAUAAUAACAGCAUUCAUAGUACGACGGGGUAUGCCCCCACUUAUCUGAUGUUCGGUAGGCAUGUGCGGAUGCCGACGGACCUGGUCCUGGGAGCGGCCGCGGGCCAGGAGGAAGGAAGCGUGACGGAAUGGGUGGGGCGCCACCACCAACGGCUGCACUUUGCCUACGAGCAGGUAUCCCAGAAAAUACGGGCCACAGGAGAAAAGAACAAGCGGUUGUACGACCGGACGGCCCGGGAAGCCCCCUUGUUACCAGGAGAGAGAGUCCUGGUACGAGACAACCGGCGGCAAGGCAAAGGAAAGUUGAGCGACCGUUGGGAGGCCACCCCGUACGUAGUCUGCAGGCAGCAGAGACCGGGCCAGCCGGUGUAUACCAUCCGGCCGGAAGGAAAGGCCGGCCCGGAACGGGUGGUACACCGAAACAUGAUUCGCCCUUGUCCAAAUUAUCCCGAGGUCACGGAGGAGGUAGUUGCGGAGCCGGCACCGACGGCCCCCUGGAUGGAAGGAUGGGCUGUGGUACCAGGCUUACCUGUGGUGGCACCACCCCCGGCCGCCCCAGGAGAGCCAGAACUAGCACCUGAGCCAGUUGAACCCCCGGCCGCCCAGAGGCAGCCAGGAUCAGCACCAGAGCCAGCCGAACCUCUGGCCGCCCAAAGACAACCUGAGGUUGUGCCCGAGCCCGCCGAACCUGACUCCCCUGUAAGGCGCUCCCAACGGGAGAACCGCGGCCGGCCCCCUUCCCGCUAUGGUGAGUGGACUACUCAAGGGCAUUCCAGGGACUGGAAUGUAUUGGCGGGGGAGGAUGUCACGGGGUGACGACUUUUCAGGGCGGAACCAAAAGUUGAGGAAGUUUGGUUCCGCCCGGAUGUUUCCGCCCCGACCGGAAAAAUAGAAACACCGGACAUCCGGCGGCUCCGCGAAGGUUGUAAUCAGCCGAUUGGGCACAGCUGUGCCUAGUUAAAGAGAUCGCCGGGUAAUUGGAUACCUGGAGUGUAAAGAGAAGUAUAAAAAGCACAGUUAGAUGACAGUUGGGAGUUGAGUGUGUGCUGAGGAACGGAGCUGUGCUCAUUGUUAGACGUGGUGACUGGCUAUAUUUCUCUCUCUUCCCCCCCCUCUCUCGUUGCAGUUACGGUGGACCGGCUGAAUUUAUUGAAUAACCCUUCGGGUAGAAAAGGAACUCUGGUCCAACUAGUAUUUUGGAAGGAGUAAAGCGAGAAGGGAUUUGACCUCGUUGCACAACGUAAACAAAGGCUAUCUGCUGUGAGUAUGUCCGUUGGUGUAGCAUAACUGGCAGAAACUUACAUUGUGUGAUCGUUGGAGUCCUCCAGGAUUAGGAAGGCGGCCCUACCCCUAUAAUUAGCGUGGUGGGCGAGCCGCUAGAAGCAUACGUCCAUACAGCCACAGCAACGCGACUUUGGUCUGGUCGGUUUGCCAUCGCCUCUACGUUAGCCCCAAGCACAGUGGAGGAUAUCGGGCGUUUCCCUUGUGGUGUUGCACUUACAGUGUGAGUCGGAGGCGAAAGGGUCCGCCGCCCCCGUGGUCUCUACGAAAGGGCGCCCCUAUCCGGGAUUCGAUCGGCCUACGGACAGUGGG